AUGUUUGCACGCCAGUGUACUCGGUUGGCUACCUCCAAGACAGCUGUCCCUUUGACUUCGUAUCUAGCUCGAGUCCGGGGUUAUUCUUCAGCUGCUGGUAGCUAUGAGCACAUUCUAACCUCGACCCCCAAGCCCGGUGUUGGCCUGAUCACCCUGAACCGUCCUAAGGCCCUCAAUGCCCUGUGCACUCCACUUUUCAAGGAGCUCAACGAAGCCCUGAGUACCUACGACAAUGACCAGAGCAUUGGCGCGAUCAUCAUCACAGGAAGCGAGAAGGCUUUUGCCGCCGGAGCCGACAUCAAAGAAAUGGCCCCGAAAACCUUUGCCGCCGCCUACAACGAGAACUUCAUCGCCCCCUGGUCCCACCUAGCAAACACAAUCCGCAAGCCCGUAAUCGCCGCCGUAUCCGGGUACGCCCUAGGUGGCGGAUGCGAGCUAGCACUGAUGUGCGACAUCCUCUAUUGCACGGAGAAAGCAACCUUCGGCCAGCCCGAGAUAAAGCUCGGCACAAUCCCCGGCGCAGGCGGAUCGCAGCGUCUGACCCGUGCCGUGGGCAAGAGCAAGGCUAUGGAGCUUAUCCUCACCGGCAAGAACUUUAGCGGUAAGGAGGCUGGUGAGUGGGGUGUUGCUGCUAAGGUUGUUGAAGGGGGUCAGGAGGCGUUGCUUGAGGAGGCUUUCAAGACUGCUGAGACCAUUGCUGGUUAUAGUCGUGUUGCUGUUGUGGCUGGUAAGGAGGUUGUUAACAAGAGUCAGGAGUUGUCGCUUAAGGAGGGGGUUGAGUACGAGCGCAGGCUUUUCCAUGCGUUGUUUGGGAGCAAGGAUCAAAAGAUUGGUAUGACUGCUUUUGCUGAGAAGAAGAAGCCUGAGUGGUCUCAUGAGUAG